AUGGCUUGCAGGCAGCAGGCAGAGGGUCUGGCCGAGUACCUGAACUGCCCGAUCUGCUUGGACCUGUUCACCGAGCCGGUGAUCCUGGAGUGCGGCCACAACUUCUGCCAGGGAUGCAUCCGGCGCUACUGGGAGGACAGCGAGGCCAGCUCCUGCCCCGAGUGCAGGGAGAUUUUCCGGGAGAGGACGCUGCGCCCGAACCGGGCGCUGGGGAACCUGGCGGAGCGGGCUCGCAGCCUGAUCCAGCAGCAGGAGGGUGGAACCGGAGAGCCCGGGGCUGCAGAUCCGUCCCCUGGGACAGAACCCAGGCUGCUGCCCUUGUACUGCUGGCAGCACCGAGAGGAGCUGAAGCUGUUCUGUGAGACCGACAAGGAGCUGAUCUGUGUGAUGUGCCUGGACAGCAGAGGGGGUCAAAACCACCGCUCCCACAACUUCAUGCUCAUCAGCGAAGCCGUGGAGAUGUACAAGGAAAAGCUAACAUCCCUGUCUGACAUUCUCCGAGCCAAGUCCACCCUCCUGGAAGCUAAACUGGCGCACAAGCACGUUUUGGAGGUGGGGGAUCAGACGAGCCAGCUGCAGCAGUUUGUUACUUUGGAGUUUGCGAAGAUGCACCAGGUCCUCAUGAGGGUGGAAAAGCGACUGAUUUUAGAACUGAAGGAGAACGUGGAGAUGAUCUCAGACAAGCUGCAGAGAAACCUGCAGGACAUCCAGCAGAAUCUAAAUGACAUCCAGGAAAAGCUGUCGCGAUCACAAUCCCAGCUGGACCAGGAGGAUACCAUUGCUUUUUUAAUGGAUCAAGCUGAACAACACAUGAGCGAGGACUCAGGCCAGCUUCUCCUGGCCACUGACUGCUUGCCGAUGGGAAUAUUCCGAGGACCUCUGCAAUACAGUGCCUGGAAGGAGAUGGCAGAGAGCAUCAGUCCAGGUCCAGUGGCCUACGCUGUCCAUAAACUGGACAAGUGCUGCUUCAGCAUCUCUGUUCCGGCUUCAGUGACCCUGAAUCCUGAGACAGCUCACUCCUGGCUCCUCAUUUCUGACGACCUGACCACCGUCAGGUACGCAAACCAGCAGCAGGAACUCCCCGACACCCCGGAGAGAUUCAAUCCUUCCCUCUGCGUGCUGGGCUCCCAAGGAUUCCUGUCCGGGAGGCAUUACUGGGAGGUGGCCGUGGGAGAGAGCUCCGAGUGGGACGUGGGAGUGGUGAAGGAGUCCAUCAACAGGAAGGGGGAUAUCACGGCCAUCCCGCAGGCCGGCUAUUGGAUCGUCUGGCUGAGGAACGGCAAUGAAUACAAGGCAGGCUCGGUGCCUCGCACCCCUCUGAGACCCAGCGCCAGGCCCCGCAAAAUCGGCGUCUACCUGGACUACGAGGGUGGCCAGGUUUCCUUCUACAAUGCGGACGACAUGUCCCACCUGCACACCUUCACUGACCUGUUCACCGAGAAAGUUUACCCUUUCUUCAGCCCCUGCCUGAGCGGGCGCGGGGAGCGCUCCGAGCCGCUGAAAAUCUGCCGCUCCAGGUUUCACUAG